GGAGCGGGGAGAGAACGGAGGCCGACGGCGGAGUGACGGGAGGCACCGGACGCCCCCGCGUCCCCCACACACCCGCAGGGCGCCCACCGACCUCGCGACUAUCGCGAUAGCGCGCACACGGCGCCCGCCCGCCUGUCGCCGCCGGAUCCCGCGCGUCCGGCUCCGGGAGUAUGAAGACAGCUCGACUUUAGGGCAGAAUCAUGGCGGACAAGCGCAAACUUCAAGGGGAGAUCGACCGCUGCCUCAAGAAAGUGUCCGAGGGCGUGGAGCAGUUUGAGGAUAUCUGGCAGAAGCUCCACAAUGCGGCCAACGCCAACCAGAAAGAGAAGUACGAGGCGGACCUGAAGAAGGAAAUCAAGAAGCUCCAGCGGCUGAGGGACCAGAUCAAAACAUGGGUGGCUUCCAAUGAGAUCAAGGACAAACGGCAGCUUAUCGACAACCGCAAGCUCAUCGAGACGCAAAUGGAGCGGUUCAAAGUGGUGGAGCGCGAGACCAAGACCAAAGCGUACAGCAAGGAGGGGCUGGGGCUGGCCCAGAAGGUGGACCCUGCCCAGAAGGAGAAGGAAGAGGUCGGACAGUGGCUCACGAACACCAUCGACACCCUCAACAUGCAGGUGGACCAGUUUGAAAGCGAGGUGGAGUCGCUGUCGGUACAGACCCGCAAGAAGAAGGGGGACAAGGAUAAGCAGGACCGGAUCGAAGGGCUGAAGCGGCACAUCGAGAAGCACCGCUACCACGUGCGCAUGCUGGAGACCAUCCUGCGCAUGCUGGACAACGACUCCAUCCUGGUCGACUCCAUCCGCAAGAUCAAGGACGACGUGGAGUACUACGUGGACUCCUCCCAGGACCCCGACUUCGAGGAGAACGAGUUCCUCUACGACGACCUCGACCUCGAGGACAUUCCACAGGCGCUGGUCGCCACCUCCCCCCCAAGCCACAGCCACAUGGAGGAUGAGAUCUUCAACCAGUCAAGCAGUACGCCCACCUCCACUACCUCCAGCUCCCCCAUCCCCCCCAGCCCCGCCAACUGCACCACGGAAAACUCCGAAGACGAUAAGAAGAGGGGCCGGUCGACGGACAGCGAAGUGAGCCAGUCUCCGGCCAAGAACGGCUCCAAGCCCGUCCACAGCAACCACCACCCGCAGUCCCCAGCCGUGCCAGCCAGCUACCCGCCCGGCCCCGCUCCCGCCGCCGCCCCCGCCCUGGGCAACGGACCGGGCAGCAACGGAGCCCCCGCCCCCUCCGGGGGGCCGGGCCCCAAGGCCAACCCGGCCCCGGGCCACAGUGCCGGCACCCCCACUCCUUACGCCCAGGCCGUGGCCCCUCCGGCCCCCAGCGCGGGCUCCGUCCAGCCCCGACCCCCCAGCGUCCAGCCUGGCGGCGGUGCCAAGCAAAACGGGGCCACCAGUUACAGCUCGGUGGUGGCGGACAGCACGGCAGACGCGGUCCUCAGUAGCAGCGGCGGAAGCGGCAAUAGCGGCCAAGCGCUGGGCCCCCUGACCGGCCCCCACAACGCCCCGCCGAAUGCCACGAAGGAGGCCGGUGGGGUGGCCCCAGCUGGGGGCGGAGGGGGCGGAGGAGCAGGGGUGAGCGCGGGAGGGCCCAGCCUGCUGGUGCCCCUGCCCGUCAAUCCGCCCAGCUCGCCCACCCCCAGCUUCAGCGAACCCAAGGCCUCUACGAACCUUAACGGCCCCCCGCAGUUCAGCGCCGCCCCCGACAGCAAGGCCCCCGAGCCCCUGAGUAGCCUGAAGUCGAUGGCGGAGCGGGCGGCCAUCGGGUCGGGCAUCGAGGAUCCGGUCCCGGCCCUGCACCUGGCGGAGAGGGACAUCAUCCUGAGCACCACGGCGGCGCCCCCGGCCUCUACCCAGCCCCCCUUGCAGCUGUCGGAGGUGAACAUCCCCCUGUCGCUGGGCGUGUGCCCGCUGGGGCCCGUGCCCCUCACCAAGGAGCAGCUGUACCAGCAGGCCAUGGAGGAGGCCGCCUGGCAUCACAUGCCCCACCCGUCCGACUCGGAGCGGAUCCGGCAGUACCUCCCUCGGAACCCCUGCCCCACCCCCCCAUACCACCAUCAGAUGCCGCCACCCCACUCGGACACUGUGGAGUUCUACCAGCGCCUGUCGACCGAGACCCUGUUCUUCAUCUUCUACUAUCUGGAGGUACAGAAGGGUCCCUGGUGCAGGCUCGAGCUCUCGGGCGUGCCUCCCUGCAUCGCCGCCACCGCCGCCGUCCCCUCGGGCUGGAGGGGCGAGGGCACCAAGGCCCAGUACCUGGCAGCUAAAGCCCUGAAGAAGCAAUCGUGGCGCUUCCACACCAAGUACAUGAUGUGGUUUCAGAGACACGAGGAGCCCAAGACGAUCACGGAUGAAUUUGAGCAGGGCACCUACAUCUACUUCGACUACGAAAAGUGGGGGCAGCGCAAGAAGGAAGGCUUCACCUUUGAGUACAGAUACCUGGAAGACAGGGACCUGCAGUGACCCGCGGCGGCGAACGGCGCUGCCCUUGACCCCGGCCCCUGGCCCGCAUGCCGCCCUUUAGGUCAGGGCCCUGGGAGAGGGGGCCCCCCCUGCCCGGGUCCCGCCUCCCCUCCCCUCCCUCGUCAUCUCUUCCCCCCCGCCCAGGGGGU